AGGCACCGACGCUGAGUCUCAGAACCAGGUCGAGGUAGAUUACUCUCAACUGCGAAUGUUCACCUCGUGUUUAUUACUGAUGCCAGCCAGAUCGUCUUCAGCCCCGAUAGCAACCACCGUCGCAAGUCCUCGCUCGUUUCAUCCGACGACCCCCGGAUUCGCCGCCGCAUAUCCGAGUCCUACAGCAAAAACACGGCGUGUUUCGUCCACUCAUUGCUCAACGGCGAAUGGAACGCGCCUUUUGACGACGCGUUCCAUGCUGAGGAUGUCGAUGAAUCUGGACCGGUGAAAAAGCCAGUCGAUAUAGGCACAGCGACCAACGAUACCGAGUUGGGAGACUACAAUGGCGUUUCUGUCGUUGACUACGCCAGUCGACUGCCCGAGCAGAGCCCGCCGGCCGUCGUGCACUCGCGCCACCUGACCAAGCGGCAGUUGUCGGAUAUGGCGUGGAAUGUGCGCAAACUGUCCAAGAGACUGGGCAGCAUCAAGCUGAAACUCACCGUUAAGAACGUGCUGCUAGUCACCAAAGCCCAGGAUGAGUCGCUCGUCAAAUUGACCAAAGAACUCACGCGCUGGCUUCUGUCGACGGACCGCGGAACCCUGUACACCGUGUAUGUCGAGGAGAUGGUGGGGAAACACCCUGAUUUCAACGGCAGUGACCUGAUCGAUGAAGAACCGUCGGCAGAUGGCCGGUUGAAGUAUUGGACCAGCAAACUGCCGGCUGAGCAGCCGCAAACAUUCGACUUUGCGAUUACACUAGGCGGGGAUGGGACGGUGUUGUACACUAGCUGGCUCUUUCAGCGCAUUGUGCCCCCAGUAUUGUCGUUUUCGCUGGGCUCACUUGGGUUUUUAACAAAGUUUGACUUUUCGAAUUAUCAAGAUACCCUGACGACGGCGUUUCGAGACGGUGUGGCGAUUAGUUUGAGGUUGAGGUUUGAAUGUACCAUCAUGAGAAGCAAUCCGCGACGAGUCUCGGUGGUUGGCACAGAUGGGAAUGUGGUGAAGAAAGAUCUUGUCGAGGAGCUCGUGGGGGAAGAGGUGGGCGAUACAUUGACGCAUACGCCAGACAAUGUUUUUGAGAUUUUGAACGAUGUCGUGGUCGACCGGGGUCCGAACCCGACAAUGUCGACGAUCGAGCUCUUCGGCGACGAUGAGCAUUUCACGACCGUCCAGGCAGACGGCAUUUGCAUAUCCACGCCAACCGGCUCGACAGCCUACAACCUCGCCGCUGGAGGCGCCCUGUCGCACCCGGAAAACCCAGUCAUUCUAGUAACCGCCAUCUGCGCACAUACAUUAUCCUUCCGCCCGAUUAUUUUGCCUGAUACGAUUGUGUUGCGGAUGGGCGUGCCGUAUGAUGCGCGCACGUCAUCGUGGGCUAGCUUUGACGGGCGUGAGAGGUAUAUAUAUAUUCGUUUCUCCUUUCUUUUAUUUGUGUACUUACGAAUCAGGGUUGAGUUGCAUCCAGGCGACUACGUGACGGUGUCGGCUUCGCGAUACCCCUUUGCGAACGUCCUGCCUCCUGGUCGACGAAGCGAGGACUGGGUGCAGAGUAUAUCCAAGACGCUGCACUGGAAUUCCAGACAGCGGCAGAAAGCGUUUACCAAGUAACCAACCCCAAGGUUGUUUGAGGUGAACAGUGUUGAGAUAUAAUAUGGGCAGUGCAUAUAUAGGAGCAUGGCAGGGGAGCAUACCUUAUUCUAAACAAUACUGUAACGUAAUAAAAGUCAUGAAUUCAUCACUCUAUCCAGAGUGUUAACAGAGAAAAGAGUAGAG